AUGGCUCCCCCUGUUCUCCGUGGCACCGCCGAUGUCGAUCGCAUCGAAGCUCCCGUCACGGCAAAAGCCUACAUGAUGUGUGCUUUUGCUUCCUUCGGAGGUAUCUACUUCGGUUACGAUAUUGGCUGGAUCUCCGGUGUCAUGGGCAUGAAGUAUGCCAUCCACACUUUUACCGGUCUUCCUUACAACACCCCCGCCGAGGACUUUGUCAUUUCUGCCAGUGACAAGUCCUUGAUCACCUCUAUCCUGUCCGCUGGUACUUUCUUCGGUGCUCUCGCCGCUGGUGACAUUGCCGACUUCAUCGGUCGUCGUACCACCAUCAUCAUCGGUUGCCUCAUCUUCAUGGUCGGAGUCAUUAUGGAGAUUGUCGCCACCAGCGUCUCUCUUCUCUCUGCCGGUCGCUUCAUCGCUGGUCUCGGUGUCGGUUUCGAAUCGGCCAUUGUCAUCCUCUACAUGUCAGAAAUUUGUCCCAGGAAAGUUCGUGGCGCCCUGAUCGCCUGCUACCAGUUCUGCAUCACCAUCGGUCUCCUACUCGCCUCUUGCGUUGUCUACGGUACUCAGGAUCGUAUGGACAGUGGCUCUUACCGCAUCCCAAUUGGCAUCCAGUUCGCCUGGGCUCUGAUCCUUGGUGGUGGUAUCGCCUGUCUGCCCGAGUCGCCUCGUUACUUCGUCAAGCAAGGCCAGCUCGAGAAGGCUGCUAAGGCUCUGGCUUCCGUCCGUGGUCAACCUGUCGACUCGCAGUUCGUCCAGCAGGAGCUGGCUGAAAUUGUCGCCAACCACGAGUACGAGCUUUCGGUCAUCCCCCAAGGCAGCUACCUCUCAUCCUGGGCCAACUGCUUCAAGGGCUCCCUCUGGAAGGCCAACAGCAACCUCCGCCGUACCAUUCUCGGCACUUCCCUCCAGAUGAUGCAGCAGUGGACUGGUGUAAACUUCAUCUUCUUCUUCGGCACCACCUUCUUCCAGCAGCUCGGCUCCAUCUCAAACCCCUUCCUGAUCGGUCUGAUUACCACUCUCGUCAACGUUCUGUCUACCCCCAUCUCCUUCUGGACCAUUGAGAGAUUUGGCCGUCGCCCCCUGCUCAUCUGGGGUGCUCUUGGUAUGCUCUGCUGCCAAUUCUUGACUGCCAUCCUCGGUACUGCCAUCUCUUCCGACAAUGACGCCGCCACCAAGGCUCAGAUCGCUUUCAUCUGUCUUGCUAUCGCCUUCUUCGCCUCCACUUGGGGCCCUGGAGCUUGGGUGUUGAUUGGUGAGAUCUUCCCUCUGCCUAUCCGUUCCCGCGGUGUCGGUCUUUCGACGGCAUCCAAUUGGCUCUGGAACACCAUCAUUGCGGUUAUAACGCCGUAUAUGGUGGACCCUGAUAAGGGUAACCUCGGCCCCAAGGUGUUCUUCGUCUGGGGAACCCUCUGCACCUGCGCUUGCAUUUACGCAUACUUCCUCGUCCCCGAGACCAAGGGUCUUUCACUCGAGCAAGUCGACAAGAUGCUUGAGGAGGUCAACCCUCGCAACUCUGCUGGCUGGAAACCCACCACCACUUUCGCCAACGAGAUGGGCUUGACAAAGGGCGGUGUCUCUAGUGAGGAGAUCGUCGUGGAUGUCGAGAAGAGAGGCUCUGUCCAUUGAUUUCACGCGACAAAGGUUUGAAAGGACGGCGACUCUCUCGUGAGUAGUAGUGAGAUGAAGGAUUGCUCUUGUUCCUGCACGGCAGUAGAUAUAACACGGC